GCCAGCCGUGGAUUGAUUAGUGGUUCCGACGAACCGUGUGAGUGGCGCAGCUAAUUGGGUGAGAGAUGGAUUCGAUGGGGGAGCUACAACAUAGAGCGGAGGAAUGGAUUUCCACGCUGGACGAGGGAUGCAAGCAGCUGCGGAAGAUAGUGAGGAUGCUCAUGCAGUGGUGGCAGGAGGGGGAGGAGGUCGAUGGGGGUGCGAUCUCUAUGGAGCAGUGGUUAGCAGGCAGGAUCCAGGAGAUGCUAGACAUCAUGUCGGAGCUGGAGGAGGGCCCGGAUCCCCGGCUUGACGCCUACAUCGACUGGAGGAGGGCGAAUGAUAGGAUGGGUGUUUGUAAUGCCCUCUAUACAACGGGCCGCAAUCUACGCAACCAGCUAGAGGCUCGGCAGGGAAUGCGAGAGAUGGGCGAUAAGAGCGACAUGGAUGACUGGGAGGAGGGAGGAUUGGAUGCCGGCGAAGACAAUUGCGACGACAGCACCAACAAUACUAAGGACAACAACAACAACAACAACAACAACAACAACAAUAACAUCGGCGUCAACGACACAAACAGCAUCAACAACAAUAACAACAACAACAACAGCGGCGACGGCGACAACAACAAUGACGAUGGCAGCAGUGAAGAUGAUGGCGGUAGCGACGACCGUGGCAACAGUAACAACAACAUUAAUAAUAGCAACGGCGACAAUACCAAGGACAACAACAACAUCAAUCACAUCGGUGCCAACGAUACCGACAACAAUAAGGGCGACGGCGACAACAACAAUGACGAUGGCGGCAGUGAAGAUGAUGGCGGUAGUAAUGACCAUGACAACAGCAACAACAACAAUAACAAUGACAACAGCAGCAACGACGUCCACAGUGGCAGCAGGAUUGAGAGUGGUGUUCGGGCAUCUCAGGUCAUCAUAGCCACGAUGGGAGUGAUGCCGCAAGUGGACGUGGUGGGGAUUGGGGAUGACAACAACAACAAUAAAGAUGAUGGCGGCAGUGACGACCACGGCAACAGCGGGGCAGAGCGGAUCAGCAUGAUGGGAGAGAAGAUGCAUGCUGACGUGGUGGGGAGUGGGGUUGACACAGUAGAAGCGGAAGCGGGGGGAAAGCGCAAGCAAGGGAGGAAGUCGGGGGAAGAAGAAGAAGAAGAGGAAAAAGAAGAUGAAGAAGAAGAAGAAGGCAGACGCGGAGCCGACGACGCAGACGCACGCGGAGCCGAAGGCUACGCGGCGGAGGUGGGGAAGCCGACUGAAGCGGAGGUGGAGGAGAACACGCAGGGGGAGGCGGAGGCGGAGGCGGAGCCGGAAGCCGAGGCGGAGGAGGUGGAGAAGUCGACGGAAGCACAAGUGGAGGAGGACACGCAGGGGGAGGCAGAGGCGGAGCCGGAGCCGGAAGCCAAGGCGGAGGAGGUGGGGAAGUCGGCGGAAGCGGAGGUGGAGGAGGACAAGCAGGGCCCACUUGCCACGUGGGCCACUUGGCAAGUGGCCAACUUGGCACGUGGCCAUUUUGCCACGUGUUGAGCUUCCCCGUAAACGGGAUCGGGAUGACGGCAACAACGGCAGGGGAAGAGGAAGAAAAAGAAAAAGAUUGAUUGAUAGAUCGAUUGGUGCCGGCUCACGAAUUAAUCAAUCAAUCAAUCAAUCAAUCAAUCAAUCAAUCAAUCAAUCAAUCGACCAAUC